UCUGUAUAUUCCCUUUUUUCCCCACUCACUUGGACCCAGUAGCCUAAUGAUCCUUAACUAAUCCUAAAAUAGCCGACAGCCUUCUCCUCUUCUUACAGCUGCUAUUUGGGGAAAGAUAGCAGUCUCUGGAAAAAAACGACACAAAACUUCAAGAGCUAGUUUUCUACUAUUGGAAACACUUGAUUUUUAAAAUUUCCGUAAAACUUACAGAGUAGAAUAAAAACGCAAAAAAGAAUCGCGCGAAGCGAAAGUACAAGAAGGCCGAAGAGUGAAAAGUUAGGAUCCGCGUCAUCGCCUGCGCGACUGAACCGACCUGCGAGUCACUGAACCGGGAGAGGAAUAUUAGCAUGGCCAGUCCUGCUGAUCUGGAGCACUAUAAGGCCGCAAUGGUGCUAAGCGGAGUUGGGGAUGCUCUGGGUUACAGGAAUCAGUUGUGGGAAUACAACGAGUCUGGUCCAGCCAUCCAUCAGGAACUACAGGAGCUUGGAGGACUAAAAAACAUCACAGUUCAACUUCCUGAUUGGCCAGUCAGUGAUGAUACAGUCCUUCACCUGGCUACCGCUGAAGCUUUAGCCACAGGAAAGGAAGGAGAGGACCUGCUUCAUGAGGUGGCAUCUCGUUAUGUGGAGGGUAUGAAAGACAUGGAGGGGAGGAAACCGGGACCAUCGAGCAUCCUAGGUGUGUCUCAGUUAUGCCCAGGUACCGAAGGGGGCUACAGAAUAGCUUAUAAUCCCGAAGGAACAGGAUGUGGCGCUGCCAUGAGAUCCAUGUGCAUCGGUUUGAGAUACCCUCGACCGGAGCAGCUCUCCUCUUUAGUCAGAGUCGCCAUGGAGACUGGCAGAAUGACCCACACUCAUCCAACUGGAUUCCUUGGUGCUGUUGCAUCUGCACUGUUCACAGCGUAUGCCAUUCAGCGCCGUCCUAUCACAACGUGGGGUCUGGGUUUAGUGAAGGAGGCCUGUCCAAUAGCAAAGGAGCUGGUAAGGUUGGCAGGAUACACUAUUCCUGAGACAGAGAGAGACUGGGGUUACUUCACGGAGAAAUGGGAAUGGUAUCUUGAAUUGAGGGGUUUGUCAUUAGGAACUGGUCCAGUGGUGUUUCCUGAGCGAUAUGGACCGGCUGAACGUGAUGAGGCAUAUAAGAGCUUCAGUCUUUCUGGAUGGGCAGGGCGAAGUGGUCACGACGCACCUAUGAUAGCUCUGGAUGCUCUACUGGGGGCAGGGUCAAACUGGGAGGAGUUAAUGAGCCGUGCAGGUUUUCAUGGCGGAGACAGCGACAGCACAGCGGUCAUUGCGUGUUGUUGUUGGGGUCUAAUGUACGGGAUGGGCGGAGUGCCUGAGUGUAAUUUCACCAACCUAGAGUACAGGGACAGGCUGGAGAACAGCGCUGAGAAACUUUACUCACUAUCACACUGAAAACAUCCGUUAUCUCAUUGACUGAUAAGACAAAAUGGCAAAUCGAUAACUUAAAACGGAACUGACUUGUUACAUUUAGUUAGCAAGACUUAGUAGCUAUGAUGCAUGUGCAGAAACAUGUUUUUUGUUUAACACUUUCUGACCUUGCUAAAGUUCAAGCCAUUACUGUGCUUAAUGAAAACUAAGAAAAGGUAUAUUAUUUCAGAUUAUAGCUUGCAAAUUUUACGAAAAUACUCUAACUGCAGUGCCUUAAAUCAGAGCACAGUGUGUUUGCUAAACAUUGAGGAAUUUUCUACACACAUUUUGGUAAAGUUACAUUUUCGUAGAUUGUAGCUAAUUAAUUAACCACAUAAACAUGUUAUCAGCACAUGAAUAGAAACAUAUGGGAUAUCCUAUAGCUUGCUGGCUAGCAAAUCCUAGCUAGCAAACUAAACACAUCUUAUUUAUCAGUUUAUGUUAAAUUGUGUUAAAUAGUUGUAUGUAAAUGACUUAAACUAGUUAAAAAUCAUAAUCUGCUAAUAAAUUGUUUUUUAUUAACUUCU